AUGCUUCUGGAAACGGUCUCCAACAAGAGCUGCCAUGCUCUGGGCAGUGGCAAUGGCAAUAGUUUGCUGAUGUCAGGAGGUGGUGCUGGUGAGGAGCAGCAGUGUUUGCUCGACCAGGACACCUACCACCGUAUGAUGUCCCAGUCGCAGCAGUCCCCGGCUGCCUCCAUUUUCGACGGCAGCUCCAACAGCUCGGACACGGACAGCUCGGGAGAUGACAGCAGCACUGCCUCCUCAUCCUCAUCCUCCUCCCAGGGAGGAAUGCACUUCUUUGAGGGCGCCGAGAAGCGACUCGUGCUCUACCUUACAGGAAGUGAAAAGAAGGACAAUGGCAGCAGCAACAGUGGUAAUGGCAACACAAACCAAAAACAGCAGCUAAAAACUACGGCGGUGGUUGGAGCGGCGGUGACCGCUUCCGAGAUGGCUCUCAGUGCCGGCGAAUCAGUGACCCUAAAGCAGCAAACUAAGCACGGACUACCAAUGGACAAGGACAAGGACAUGGCACUUUACUCUGAAUCAGGACCUGAUCUGCGAACUAUUCCCCG